AUGUUGAUAUGUGAUCACUUUUUGCCGUCGGAUCUGUACAGCCCAAUUGUUGAGACGCAUUUACGGGAGACUGGUUAUUACCAUGUUUCUCAUAUUGGAAUCGUUCAAUGCCAGUCAGCAAUGAUUAAUGCUCUGAUCGAGAGAUGGCGGCCAGAGACUCACACAUUUCAUUUUCUUGUUGGUGAGUGUUCCGUGUCGUUAGAGGAUGUGGCGAUGAUUCUCGGUCUGCUAACAAAUGAAAUUCCGGUUACAGGACCAACCAUGAGUAGUUUUGAGACCUUGGAGGCUGAGUGCUUGCACCACUUUGGUGUUGCACCGAGGAAGAUGGACUGUAGAGGAAGCUUUAUAAAACUGACGUGGAUUAUAGGUUUGAAGGAUCGCACAGUGUUAGUUGAUGAUAUUCAAAUUCAGAGGUAUGUCAAAUGUCACAUAAUGUUGUUAUUUGGGGCAAUUCUGUUUGGUGACAAGUCUGGUGUAGCGGUGCAUUGGAAAUUCCUGCCUUUGCUCUAUAACUUUGUUGGGAUCAUACAGUUUAGUUGGGGUUCGGCAUGCCUCGCGCACUUGAAUAGAUCAUUGUGUAGGGCAACUUGUGUCGACUACAAGGAGAUGGAUGGUCCGCUUACACUUUUGCUUACUUGGGCUUGGAUCUGUCUCCCAUUUCUUGCCCCGAUUCUUUGUAAUCCCCGACUGUUUCCGAUUGCAAACAAGUGGCGCAACUGGGAACGUGAAAAUUAUGCUUGCCGAUACCAUACUUUUGCACAUUACAGGAGGUUGUUGGAUGAUAUGCAAGAAGGACAUGCUUAUGGCAUUGACCACAUUGAGCCAGCGUGA